GAUACACUGUCACAAUGGGAGCUGUGGUGAUUGAUGAUGGUCCAUCCGGAGUUAAAGCCCCAGAUGGUGGCUGGGGCUGGGCUGUUCUCUUUGGGUGCUUUGUCAUCACUGGAUUCUCCUACGCCUUCCCUAAGGCCAUGAGUGUCUUCUUCAAGGAGCUCAUCCGAGAAUUUGGUGUUGGAUAUAGUGACACAGCAUGGAUCUCCUCCAUUCUAUUGGCUAUGCUUUAUGGAUCAGGUCCCCUGUGUAGUAUGUGUGUGAAUCGGUUUGGUUGCCGUCCUGUUAUGCUGGUUGGAGGCCUCUUCGCUUCACUGGGGAUGAUAAGUGCAUCCUUCUGCACUAGCAUCAUCCAGAUCUAUGUUACUGUUGGUGUCAUUACUGGUUUGGGUCUCGCACUCAACUUCCAGCCUUCACUCAUCAUGCUAAAUCGCUACUUUGACAAACGCCGUCCUUUGGCCAAUGGGCUGGCUGCAGCUGGAAGCCCCGUUUUUCUUUGCGCUCUUUCACCAUUGGGGCAGGUACUGCAACAUCAGUAUGGAUGGCGAGGGGGAUUUCUUAUCCUGGGCGGGAUACUUUUGAAUUGCUGUGCUUGUGGAGCUCUGAUGAGACCUUUGGAAGCGCCUAAGAAAAUCGAAGAUGCCAAAGCAGUCCCUGAGAAAAAAAUCAAGAAGAAACUACUGGAUUUCAGUGUCUUUAAAGAUCGAGGCUUCCUCAUCUACACAGUGGCUGCAUCCAUCAUGGUACUGGGUUUGUUUGUACCCCCAGUCUUUGUGGUGAGCUAUGCCAAGGAUCUGAAAUACCCAGACACCAAAGCAGCUUUACUUCUGACCAUCCUUGGAUUCAUUGAUAUCUUUGCUCGACCGAUCUGUGGAAUAGUGGCUGGCUUGGAGUGGGUUAGGCCCCGCUGUGUCUACUUCUUUAGUUUUGCUAUGUUAUUUAAUGGCUUCACUGAUCUCAUGGGGUCAAUGUCCCACAAUUACGGUGGCCUAGUGGUCUUCUGCAUUUUCUUUGGCAUCUCCUAUGGAAUGGUUGGUGCUCUUCAGUUUGAAGUACUCAUGGCUAUUGUUGGUACACAGAAGUUUUCCAGUGCCAUUGGCUUAGUUCUUCUGGUUGAGGCAAUGGCUGUUCUAAUUGGACCACCUUCAGCAGGUAAACUUUUGGAUGCAACCCAUAAAUAUAUGUAUGUUUUUCUUAUUGCUGGCAUUGAAGUUGUUACCUCAUCUAUCGUGCUUGCCGUAGGAAAUGCUUGUUGUAUUCGGAAGAAACCAGAGCAUUCACAAGCAAAAGAUGUAGCAGAACGAGAGGUGUUAAACAAACACCCUGAAGACUCCAAAGUGGACUCUAUUGAAGUGGAACAGUUUUUGAAAAAGGAACCGGAAAACAAUGGGGAAGUUGUCACUAAUCCAGAAACGUGUGUGUGAGUGUGACAAGGAUGAAUGCCAGAUAUUUAGGAGAUUCAAGGAACUCCAACACUCUUAUUUAUUUUAGAAAUAGGACUAGCUUAGGGCUGGGCCAUCUGUUUGCCUAACUGGAGGCUAACCAGCUCAUGACAUCACUCUUUGGAAGCUGACUUUU